GCAAACCAUUUUUAUAAAGUAGUUGUUCUUAAUUUUUUAUACUCUUUGUGCCAAAAAAAAAAAACAAUUUCUUACACUCCAUUUGUUCAUACUAAUCAGCAUUUGAGAAUUCAGAAAUCAAAGAGAGAGAUGAGUGGACACGGGCAGGUUGUGUGUGUGACAGGAGCAUCUGGCUUCAUCGCUUCAUGGCUUGUCAAACUCUUGCUUCUUCGUCGUUAUACUGUCCAUGCCACUGUUCGUAACCCAAAUGAUCAAACAAAGGUUGAACAUUUGUUGGGGUUAGAAGGUGCAAAAGAAAGACUUCAUCUUUUUAAAGCAGAUUUAAUGGAAGAGGGUUCUUUUGAUUCUGCUAUUUCUGGUUGUCAUGGUGUUUUUCAUACUGCUUCUCCUGUUCUUUUCACUGUUAAUGAUCCCCAGGCUGAUGUGCUUGAUCCAGCAAUCAAGGGGACACUCAACGUUCUUACCUCUUGUAAAAAGUUUUCUACCGUGAGAAGAGUGGUUUUGACAUCUUCAAUGUCUGCAGUUUUAUUUACUGGAAAGCCUCGAGCUCCUGAGGUUGUUGUCGAUGAAAGUUGGUUUUCUGAUACAGAGUUAUGCAAGGAAUCAAGUAUGAUGUGGUAUACGAUAUCCAAGACCUUGGCUGAAGAUACUGCCUGGAAAUUUGCCAAAGAGAAUAGUAUCGACUUGAUCUCAAUGAACCCAGGCAUGGUAAUAGGUCCCAUGUUGCAACUAACACUUAAUGCAACUGUUGCUCCAAUUCUGAACUUAAUCAAUGGGGCAAAAACAUUUCCAAAUGCAGCCUUUGGUUUGGUCCAUGUUAAGGAUGUGGCAACUGCACAUAUCUUAGCAUUUGAGAUCCCUUCAGCUUCUGGGAGGUAUCUUUUGGUCGAAACUGUUGCUCAUUAUUCCGAGAUCGUGAGGAUUUUGCAAGAACUCUACCCCUCACUCUCACUUCCGGAUAAGUGUGCAGAUGACAAGCCUUUUGCACCAACAUACCAGGUUUCCAAAGAGAAAGUAAAAAGUUUGGGCAUAGACUAUACUCCCUUUAAAGAAACUCUUAAAGGGACGGUUGAAAACUUGAAGGAAAAGGGCUUUGCAAGAUUUGAUUCUCAGUAGGGGGUUAACUCAUUACACUGUACUGAAAACCAUUAUUUGAUCAUAAUUCUAUGGCUCCGUUUGGUUUGAAGUAAAACAUUUUCAAUGAAAAAUGAUUUUUCAUGAAAACCAUAUAUUCUAGAAAAACCACAAUGGCAAUUUUUUUUUUUUUUUUCCUUUGUUUGCUUACAAGAAAGGUUAUAAAAAAAAAUUGAAAUAUGAGUAAAAAGUUGAUGGAUGGAAGAAAAGUAAAAAGGAGGUAAGGAGGGAGGAAAAUGUGGCUUUCCAUCGUUUUUAAAGGAAGUCGUUUUCCACCCUUGGGAAAAUUGUUUUCCAUCCCUUCAAAAACCUAACAAAGUAAAAUAAGGGAAAAAUCAUUUUUCAUGAAAAUAGUUUACAUCAAACCAAACACACCCUAAGAGGUGAAUUUAUGUCUUAAUCUGAGUGUAUAACAUUGGUUUGUAGUGUUACAUUCUGUUUGUUUCAAAAUAAAUGUUGUACCCAAUUUGACCAGCACAUUUACCAGCUAGGAACUUUGAGCCAUUAUAAUUCCAUGCAUUUUCUUACUUCUUCUUUAAUAAAAUCCACACAGUCAAACAA